AUGGCAGAAUUCAAUUUCCUGAGUUCUGCAUGGGGCAUUGAGCUCACUGAUGCUUCCAAGCGAGAGAUCACAGAACAGGCCAACUCUUUAGGACGGAAGGAUGUGGAGGAGUACAUCAAGGAUUCGGAUCUUCGCAAGUUGAAGCACAACAGCCUCCUGCCCAAGGAGCUGGCGCGGAUGUCUUCCGGGACCGUACCGACCGGGCAGUACAUGGUGCAGCUACAAAAGGUGGCUGAUAUCACGCAGCCCACUAAGUUCCAGGAUGACUUCGAUGGCGGCAAGUGGCGGCUCUUGGCGCUUGACUUGGCGGUUGGAGAUCAAAAGUUCAAGGCGAUCGAGUUCGACAGCGUGAAAGCCUUGGCGGUGAAUCUUCCGCCUGGGACGAAGUUGCUGUUGUACUCCAGCAACAAGGAACCCUUGCGCGUUCAGAAUGGCCAUGUUCUUCUGGUGCCCAAUGCUGUACAGGUUCUGGGUGGCUACGUGGAGCAUUUGGUGGCCUCCUGGAAGGCAGAUAAAGAAGUGAAAGAAACCCGGCUGCUGUGGAGGACGGACGGUAUCAAGAAACACGCAGAGGGUGGUGCUCCACCCUGGGUCGACUUUGAUCCAAAGAAGGCUCCACGAGGGUCAUCGCAUCGAAAGCAGUUUGACGAGGAAAGGGCUCAAUGGAGACAAGGAAAGGCUGCUGUGGCCACCAGUGUGGAAAAGGUGAAAGAUGAUGACGGGCCCAGGUUUCAGAAGGAAGACUUCGGUGCUGAGGCUCAAGUCAAAACGCAGGUCUCUAGCACUGCGUUUGCUCAAGACCAGAGCCAGAAGGGCAAGGGUGAAGGAAAAGGAAAGAAAGGCAAAGGCGACUCCCAACCCGCUGCCUCCUGGGGAAGAGGUCGAAAUGACCGUGAUGAUGAAGAGAAGCGAGCUCCCACUCAGGCAACGUCUUCCCUGGCCGCCUUCAUCAAACCCACCAAGAACGGCGAGCUGCCUGAGGCUGCGAAGCUCUUGGCAGACGGUGCUGGCGAUGAUUGGGGCGAGGAAUGGGACGAUAACUCCUGGGGUGAAGGUUGGAGCGAAGGUUGGGGGCAGAGCUGGGGUGGCGGCUAUGGCGGUCAGAGUCGCAAGGGAGGCUCCAAGGGAGGCAAAGGAAAAGGGCAGCGAAAGGGUGGCAAAGGCGGCAAAAAGGGAGGCGGAAAGUGGCGCUAG